ACAGGCAGGAGUAGUCGAAGAUCCCAACAGACCCCCUGGCAGGGAUGGGGCUCGCCCGGGCUGGCUGCUGCUGAAGGCUCCUCCAUCCCUCCCCUCCCUGCUUUCUCUUCCCUACACGCCCUCCCUCCCCCUCCCUCCCUCCUCCUGGCCUGUGUGUGUGUGUGUGUAUGUCUCCUGCUCUCUCUCUCUCUCUCUCGCCCCUCUCCUCUCCUCCUCCUCCCCAACUCACUGGAUGUUACCCAGCCGCCGGGAUCGUUGCUGCUGCUGCCGUGACUGCUGCCGCUGAGCCCCCUGCUUCUCCUCCCCGAGCCCAGCCAUGAACCCCGCCGAGGGGGCAGCGGAGGAAGGGGCAGUUCCCGAUUCCGAGGUGGAUGCCUUUUUCCGAACAGGUUCUUUCCGAAAUGAUGGUUUAAAAGCUUCUGAUGUCCUUCCAAUACUAAAGGAAAAAGUUGCCUUUGUGUCAGGUGGCCGUGAUAAACGGGGAGGUCCCAUCCUGACAUUUCCAGCACGCAGCAAUCACGACAGAAUAAGGCAGGAAGACCUUCGGAAACUUGUGACUUACUUGGCUAGCGUGCCAAGUGAAGAUGUCUGCAAACGAGGGUUUACUGUCAUCAUUGAUAUGAGGGGGUCUAAAUGGGACCUGAUCAAGCCCCUAUUGAAGACUCUUCAGGAGGCCUUCCCUGCAGAAAUUCAUGUUGCCCUGAUAAUCAAGCCUGAUAACUUCUGGCAGAAGCAGAAGACAAAUUUUGGAAGUUCCAAAUUUAUCUUUGAGACAAGCAUGGUCUCUGUUGAAGGCCUAGCAAAACUGGUGGAUCCCUCUCAACUAACAGAGGAAUUUGAAGGAUCCUUGGAUUACAAUCAUGAUGAAUGGAUAGAGUUGAGAGUUUCAUUGGAAGAGUUUUUCAACAGUGCCAUCCAUUUGUUAUCCAGGCUAGAGGACCUUCAGGAAAUGUUGGCUAGGAAAGAAUUUCCAGUGGAUGUGGAGGGCUCAAGAAGACUGAUAGAUGAACACACGCAGCUCAAGAAGAAAGUAAUUAAAGCUCCAGUAGAAGAAUUGGAUCGUGAGGGUCAGAGGUUAUUACAAUGCAUACGGUGCAGUGAUGGUUUUUCUGGUAGGAACUGCAUUCCUGGCAGUGCAGAUUUCCAAAGUCUUGUGCCAAAGAUCACCAGCCUUUUGGACAAGCUGCAUUCAACUCGGCAACACUUGCAUCAGAUGUGGCAUGUCCGGAAACUGAAACUGGACCAGUGUUUUCAACUUCGACUUUUUGAGCAAGAUGCAGAAAAGAUGUUUGAUUGGAUCAGUCACAACAAAGAGUUGUUCCUGCAGAGUCACACUGAAAUUGGAGUGAACUAUCAACAUGCCCUGGAUUUGCAGACACAGCAUAAUCAUUUUGCUAUGAAUUCUAUGAAUGCCUACGUGAAUAUAAAUCGCAUCAUGUCGGUUGCAUCCAGGCUUUCAGAGGCUGGCCAUUAUGCAUCUCAGCAAAUUAAACAAAUUUCUACCCAGCUAGAUCAAGAAUGGAAGAGCUUUGCUGCAGCACUGGAUGAGCGCAGCACUAUACUAGCAAUGUCUGCUGUGUUUCACCAGAAAGCUGAACAGUUCCUUUCUGGUGUAGAUGCCUGGUGCAAAAUGUGCAGUGAAGGAGGCCUCCCCUCUGAAAUGCAAGACCUUGAACUGGCCAUCCAUCAUCAUCAGUCCCUUUAUGAACAGGUCACCCAAGCCUACACUGAGGUAAGCCAGGAUGGAAAGGCUUUGCUGGAUGUCUUGCAGCGUCCCUUGAGUCCAGGGAAUUCAGAAUCUCUUACUGCCACAGCUAAUUAUUCCAAGGCUGUUCACCAAGUUUUGGAUGUGGUCCAUGAGGUCUUGCAUCACCAACGGCGCUUGGAGAGCAUCUGGCAGCACAGGAAGGUCCGGUUACAUCAGAGGCUUCAACUUUGUGUUUUCCAGCAAGAUGUUCAGCAGGUAUUGGACUGGAUUGAAAACCAUGGAGAAGCCUUCCUUAGUAAACACACUGGAGUGGGAAAAUCCCUGCAUCGGGCACGAGCUCUUCAGAAAAGACAUGACGAUUUUGAAGAAGUAGCACAGAAUACCUAUACUAAUGCAGACAAGUUACUGGAAGCAGCAGAGCAGUUGGCUCAAACCGGAGAGUGUGACCCUGAAGAGAUCUACAAGGCAGCACGGCAUCUGGAAGUGCGGAUUCAGGACUUUGUCAGAAGAGUAGAGCAAAGGAAGCUUCUUUUGGACAUGUCUGUAUCCUUCCACACUCAUACCAAAGAGCUGUGGACAUGGAUGGAAGACCUGCAGAAGGAGCUCUUGGAAGAUGUUUGUGCUGACUCAGUGGAUGCUGUUCAAGAACUCAUUAAGCAGUUCCAGCAGCAGCAAACAGCUACCCUCGAUGCAACCCUCAAUGUAAUCAAAGAAGGUGAAGAUCUAAUCCAGCAACUCAGGGAUUCAGCGGUCUCUAACAAUAAAACGCCGCACAAUAGUUCCAUCAGCCACAUUGAAUCUGUCCUCCAGCAGCUUGAUGAAGCCCAAGUACAGAUGGAAGAGCUCUUUCAUGAGAGAAAGAUUAAGCUAGACAUUUUCCUUCAGCUCCGAAUUUUUGAACAGUACACCAUUGAGGUAACAGCUGAGUUAGAUGCCUGGAAUGAGGACUUGCUAAGGCAAAUGAAUGAUUUCAAUACUGAGGACCUGACCCUGGCAGAGCAGCGCCUGCAGAGACACACAGAGCGGAAGCUGGCUAUGAACAACAUGACCUUUGAGGUCAUCCAGCAAGGGCAAGAUUUGCAUCAGUACAUCAUGGAAGUCCAAGCUUCGGGCAUUGAAUUGAUCUGUGAAAAAGAUAUUGAUCUAGCAACCCAAGUGCAAGAACUGCUGGAAUUUCUUCAUGAGAAGCAACAUGAGCUGGAACUCAGUGCUGAUCAGACGCACAAGCGGCUGGAGCAGUGCCUUCAGCUCCGACACUUGCAGGCAGAGGUCAAGCAGGUCCUUGGCUGGAUCCGGAAUGGAGAAUCAAUGCUCAAUGCCAGCCUUGUCAAUGCAAGUUCACUGUCAGAAGCUGAGCAGCUCCAGAGAGAGCACGAGCAGUUCCAGCUGGCCAUAGAGUCCCUCUUUCAUGCCACUUCCUUGCAGAAGACGCACCAGAGUGCCCUCCAGGUGCAGCAGAAGGCGGAGGUAUUGCUGCAGGCUGGGCACUACGAUGCUGAUGCCAUAAGGGAAUGCGCAGAAAAGGUGGCACUGCACUGGCAGCAACUAAUGUUGAAGAUGGAAGACAGGCUGAAGCUGGUUAAUGCAUCUGUCGCUUUUUAUAAAACCUCAGAGCAGGUUUGCAGUGUGCUAGAGAGUUUGGAACAGGAAUAUCGAAGAGAUGAAGACUGGUGUGGAGGUCGGGAUAAGCUUGGACCAGCAUCUGAAAUAGAUCAUGUCAUCCCCUUAAUCAGCAAACAUCUGGAACAAAAAGAAGCCUUUCUCAAGGCCUGCACACUAGCACGAAGGAAUGCAGAAGUGUUUCUCAAGUACAUUCACCGAAACAACGUCAGCAUGCCAGGAGGAGUGGGCCAUACGAGGGGACCUGAGCAACAAGUCAAAGCCAUUCUGAGUGAGCUGCUGCAGAGAGAGAACAGAGUUCUUCACUUCUGGACCUUGAAGAAACGGCGAUUAGAUCAGUGCCAGCAGUAUGUGGUCUUUGAGCGUAGUGCUAAGCAGGCCUUAGACUGGAUUCAGGAAACAGGAGAGUAUUAUCUUUCUACUCACAACUCUACAGGGGAAUCAGCAGAAGAAACUCAGGAACUUCUGAAAGAAUAUGGAGAAUUCAAAGUACCUGCCAAGCAAACCAAGGAGAAAGUGAAGCUUCUCAUUCAGCUGGCUGAUAGCUUUGUAGAGAAAGGGCAUACUCAUGCCACUGAAAUUAGGAAAUGGGUUACCACCGUCGACAAACGCUAUCGGGACUUUUCACUGAGGAUGGGGAAAUACCGCUACUCUUUGGAUAAAGCUCUUGGAAUCAAUACAGAGGAUAACAAGGACCUGGAAUUAGACAUCAUUCCAGCAAGUCUGUCAGAUCGCGAGGUGAAGCUGCGUGAUGCCAAUCACGAAGCUAAUGAAGAAAAAAGGAAGUCAGCCAGAAAGAAAGAAUUCAUCAUGGCUGAACUGCUUCAGACUGAGAAGGCCUAUGUCAGGGAUUUACAUGAAUGUUUAGAGACCUAUCUUUGGGAAAUGACAAGUGGAGUAGAGGAGAUACCCCCAGGGAUUCUUAACAAAGAGCACAUAAUUUUUGGCAACAUCCAGGAGAUUUAUGACUUUCAUAAUAACAUUUUUCUGAAAGAACUGGGAAAAUAUGAACAACUCCCUGAAGAUGUGGGUCAUUGCUUCGUCACCUGGGCAGAUAAAUUUCAGAUGUAUGUUACCUACUGUAAAAACAAGCCUGACUCCAGCCAGCUAAUCCUAGAGCAUGCAGGAACAUUCUUCGACGAAAUUCAGCAGAGGCAUGGUCUGGCCAACUCCAUUUCCUCAUACUUAAUCAAACCUGUCCAGAGGAUUACCAAAUACCAGCUUUUAUUGAAGGAGCUUUUAACAUGCUGUGAAGAAGGGAAGGGAGAACUCAAGGAUGGUUUAGAAGUGAUGCUCAGUGUUCCUAAGAAAGCCAAUGAUGCCAUGCAUGUUAGCAUGUUGGAAGGAUUUGAUGAAAAUCUGGAUGUUCAGGGAGAACUGAUCCUUCAAGAUUCCUUUCAAGUGUGGGACCCCAAAUCUCUCAUCCGGAAGGGUCGUGAGAGACAUUUGUUUCUCUUUGAAAUUUCUCUUGUUUUCAGCAAAGAGAUCAAAGAUUCUGCAGGGCACACUAAAUAUGUUUACAAGAACAAAUUACUGACCUCAGAGCUGGGAGUGACAGAGCAUGUGGAAGGAGAUCCCUGUAAAUUUGCCCUGUGGUCUGGACGGACUCCCUCCUCAGAUAACAAAACAGUGCUGAAAGCAUCCAAUAUUGAAACAAAACAAGAGUGGAUAAAAAAUAUUCGGGAAGUGAUUCAGGAAAGGAUGAUACACUUAAAGGGAGCCUUGAAAGAGCCAAUACAGCUCCCCAAAACCCCAGCAAAGCAAAGAAACAACAGUAAGAGAGAGGGAGAAGAUGCCGACAGCCAGGGAGAUGGGAGCAGUCAGCCAGACACAAUUUCAAUUGCAUCCAGAACUUCUCAAAAUACAGUGGACAGUGACAAGCUGUCUGGAGGAUGUGAACUAACUGUGGUACUACAAGACUUUAUAGCCAGCCAUAUUAGUGAGCUGAGUAUCCAGGUGGGACAAACGGUGGAGUUACUGGAAAGGCCAAGUGAAAGGCCCGGCUGGUGUUUGGUACGGACAACAGAGAGGAGUCCUCCUCAGGAAGGCCUGGUCCCCAGCAGUGCUCUCUGUAUUUCACAUUCCCGGAGCAGUGUGGAGAUGGACUGUUUCUUCCCUUCAGGAAAAGAUUCCUAUUCAGCAUCCUCUAAUGAAAAUGGAGGGAAAUCUGAAUCGGUGGCCAAUUUGCAGCCUCAUUCAUCCAUCAAUUCCAUCCAGAGCUCCCCUGGUCCAAAGCGCUCUACCAACACACUGAAGAAAUGGCUAACCAGUCCAGUACGCCGAUUGAAUAGCGGAAAGGCAGACAGUAACAUCAAGAAGCAAAAGAAAGUGCGCGAAGGAAGGAAAAGCUUUGACCUGGGAUCCCCCAAGCCUGGAGAUGAGACCACACCUCAGGGAGACAGUGCGGAUGAGAAGAGCAAGAAAGGUUGGGGCGAAGAUGAGCCAGAUGAAGAAUCUCAUACACCACUCCCUCCUCCUAUGAAGAUUUUUGAUAAUGAUCCCACACAGGAUGACAUGUCCUCCUCUUUGCUAGCUGCUCGACAGAGCAUCUCCGAUGUCCCAACUGCAGCGGAUCUUGUCAGUGCAAUAGAAAAACUGGUCAAAAGCAAGCUGUCAUUAGAAGGAGGCUCCUAUCGGGGUAGCUUAAAGGAUUCCACUGGAUGCUUGAAUGAAAAUGUGACGCCUUCAACUCCUCCUUCAAGAAACCUUGAAGAAGAACAAAAAGCCAAAGCUAUGAGAGGCAGGAUGUUUGUUUUAAAUGAACUUGUACAGACAGAGAAAGACUAUGUCAAAGACUUAGGAAUUGUGGUGGAGGGAUUCAUGAAAAGGAUAGAAGAAAAGGGUGUUCCUGAAGACAUGAAAGGGAAAGACAAGAUUGUGUUUGGUAACAUUCACCAGAUCUAUGACUGGCACAAAGAUUUUUUUCUUGCUGAACUGGAAAAGUGCCUUCAAGAGCAUGACCGUUUAGCACAGCUCUUCAUCAAACAUGAGAGGCGAUUACACAUGUAUGUGGUGUACUGUCAAAACAAACCAAAAUCUGAAUAUAUAGUAGCGGAAUGUGGUGCAUAUUUUGAGGAGGUGCAACAAGAAAUAAACCAGCGGCUAACUCUCAGUGACUUCUUAAUAAAGCCCAUUCAAAGAAUAACCAAGUACCAGCUACUACUCAAGGAUUUUCUAAAAUACAGUGAAAAAGCUGGGCUGGAAUGUUCAGAGACAGAGAAAGCUGUGGAGCUGAUGUGCCUUGUUCCUAAACGCUGCAAUGACAUGAUGAACCUGGGUCGUCUUCAGGGCUUUGAGGGCAAACUGGCAGCCCAAGGGAAGUUGCUACAGCAGGAUACAUUCUAUGUAACAGAGCAGGAUUCUGGAGGUCUCUCUCGGCCAAAAGAACGCAGAGUUUUCCUCUUUGAGCAAAUUGUCAUCUUUAGUGAACUUCUGAGGAAAGGCUCUCUAACACCUGGGUACCUGUUUAAGCGAAGCAUAAAGAUGACAUACCUAAUCCUUGAGGAUAAUGUGGACAAUGAUCCCUGCAAAUUCGCACUCAUGAGUCGGGAAACGUCAGAAAGGCUCAUUUUGCAGGCAGCCAAUCCUGAAAUCCAGCAAGCUUGGGUGGAGGAUAUCAAUCAAGUGUUGGACACACAGAGGGACUUCUUAAAUGCACUACAGUCUCCUAUAGAGUACCAGCGCAAAGAAAACAGUAGUUCUGCUGUAAUGAGACCCCAAACCAGCAGGGUACCUCAGCCCAUCACCAGACCCUAUUCCUCAGGUCCAGUAGGGUCGGAUAAACCUUUGAAGGCUACAAUGCGUAACCCAUCUCUUCCACCUCUGAAAAUAUCUACCUCCAAUGGCAGCACAGGGCAUGAGCAGCACCAGCCUGGGGACAAAUAUGAAUUAAUCAAGAAUGACUUAGGUGGGUGCAAUGGGACCUCUUCUAUGGUGGUCAUCAAAGAUUACUAUGCACUGAAGGAGAAUGAAAUCUGUGUCAACCAGGGUGAGGUGGUCCAAGUACUUGCCAUUAACCAGCAGAACAUGUUCCUUGUGUACCAGCCUGCCAAUGACCAUUCACCAGCAGCAGAAGGAUGGAUCCCAGGGAAUAUAUUGGCUCCCCUCACUAAAUCAACUACAGAUAAUAGCGAUGGAGGCAUAAAGAAGUCAUGUUCAUGGCAUACCCUGCGCAUGAGAAAGCGGGCAGAAAAGGAAAGCAGUGGCAAAACUGAAGCCAAUGGCCUACGUAAACCCAAGGAUAUUCUGGGCAACAAAGUCUCUGUUAAAGAGACAAACAGUUCAGAGGAGUCAGAAUGUGAUGACCUUGAUCCCAACACUAGCAUGGAGAUCAUCAACCCAAACUUCAUCCAGGAAGUUGCUCCAGAGUUUCUCGUGCCCUUAGUGGACAUCACCUGCUUGCUUGGUGACACGGUAAUGUUGCAGUGCAAAGUCUGUGGGCGACCAAAGCCAACCAUAACCUGGAAAGGACCAGAUCAGAACAUCCUUGACAAUGACAACAGCACAGCUGCAUAUGCAGUUUCCUCCUGUGAUUCAGGUGAAAUCACUCUGAAGAUCUGUAAUGUGAUGCCUCAAGACAGCGGUAUUUAUACUUGUGUGGCAACAAAUGAACUUGGAACAGUGUCCACUUCAGCUACAAUCAAAGUACAAGGUGUCCCUGCAGCCCCAAAUCGCCCUAUUGCUCAGGAAAGAAGCUGCACCUCGGUGAUUCUUCGCUGGCUGCCUCCAUCCAGUACAGGGAACUGCACCAUUUCAGGUUACACAGUGGAGUACAGAGAAGAAGGCUCACAGGUCUGGCAGCAGUCUGUUGCCUCUACCUUGGACACCUACCUCGUUAUUGAAGAUCUCACACCUGGAUGCCAAUAUCAGUUCCGAGUCAGCGCCAGCAACCCCUGGGGAAUCAGUUUGCCCAGUGAGGCCUCUGAGUUUGUGAAACUUCCAGAAUACGAUUCUGCAGCAGAUGGCGCCACCGUGACCUGGAAAGAGAACUUUGAUUUCGCCUACACAGAACUGAAUGAGAUUGGAAGAGGUCGAUUUGCUGUUGUAAAGAAAUGUAUCCACAAAGCCACCAGGAAGGAUGUUGCAGUGAAGUUCAUCAAUAAAAAAAUGAAGAAGGAGGAGCAGGCAGCACACGAGGCAGCCAUGUUGCAACAUUUGCAGCACCCUCAGUAUAUCACUAUUCAUGACACCUAUGAGUCACCUUCCUCCUAUAUCUUAAUUUUAGAACUGAUGGAUGAUGGCCGUCUCUUGGACUACUUAAUGAAUCAUGAUGAAUUGAUGGAGGAGAAAGUAGCUUUUUACAUAAGAGACACAAUGGAAGCCUUACAGUACCUUCACAACUGCCGAGUCGCUCAUUUGGAUAUAAAGCCAGAAAAUUUGCUCAUCGACUUGCGGAUUCCGGUGCCUCGUGUUAAGCUAAUAGACCUGGAAGAUGCUGUUCAAAUCACUGGCCAUUACCAUGUUCAUCAUCUCCUUGGAAACCCUGAAUUUGCUGCUCCAGAAGUUAUCCAAGGUGCUCCUGUUUCACUGGGCACAGAUAUUUGGAGCCUGGGUGUGCUCACCUAUGUCAUGCUGAGCGGUGUGUCCCCCUUUCUGGAUGAAAGCAGGGAGGAGACUUGCAUCAAUGUGUGCCGAGUGGACUUCAGCUUUCCCAAUGAGUACUUCUGUGAUGUAAGCCAUGCUGCCAGAGACUUCAUCACUGUGAUCCUUCAGGAAGACUUCAGGAGGAGGCCAACAGCAGCUACUUGUCUGCAGCACCCUUGGCUGCAGUUUCACAACGGCAGCUAUUCCAAAAUCCCACUGGAUACCUCACGCCUAUCCAGCUUCAUUGAACGCCGCAAACACCAGUUUGAUGUGCGGCCAAUUCCCAAUGUUAAGAGUUUCAUAAUGAGCAGGAUGAACCCAGGAAUAUAAUGCAAUACAAGUACUUUGAUUUGACACUGAAGCACCAUGGCGUCUGAAAAGAGAGAAGGUGGAAUCUCUCUCUUUAUGUCUGUGUAAAGUAUUCUAGUUGAUGUGAUGUCAAAGGAAGUGUAUGUACUUUUCCAGCAGUUGCAUUAUCUAACUGGUUAGAAUUUGAGGCUUUCAGAUGUUGCAUAUGCAACUCCUUGCGUGGAUUAUCUUGCAAAAGAUGUCAAAUGGUGUCAUGUCAAAUACAGAUGAAUAUUUUAGAAAAAUACAUCAUUUGAAAAUGGUAACCAAAACACCAUUGCCUUAUUUUUGAAAGGCAGCCUUCUAAAAGACCUGGACACCCUUGCUGAUCUUAUUAAACUUUAACUCAUGUAUUUGAAAGGGAACGGAAAGUAAAGAAUUAAAACUAGGCUGACCCUCCACAGUCAGCAUUUCCUGAAAACAACAACACUGGACUGGAUUCGAGAUUUUGCAGAAAUUGUUGCUCCUCAAGUCCUAAUGAAGCUCUGUUUCACUAGGAGAAUUCCACUUGUCUUCAAUAAGAACUAACCUUGUGGCAGAAUUGUUUUUUAUGGCCCUUGUGCUAUCAUAAUGUCAGCUUUGCCUGUAAAGUGACUUAGGUAUGCCAUAUUGGUCAGGAUCAUAGUAUACCUUUGUCAAAAGUCCUUUGGAUUCUCCAGCACUCACAUAUUCAAAGCUAACAUACUGUAAAGUAGCAGUGUGCUACGGCUGAGAUGGUAAAUUCACUGGAACAAAAAAUGUUUUGAUGAAGCACAAUGAGACAUUUUUAAAAUGAAAUUUUUAUAGCUCUUGUACAGACUUUUUUGUGAAACCUGUGUGUUGAGAAAAGGCUAUGUUACAAUAAUUACUGUAUCUGUAAACUAGAUGUCAAAGACUUUUUCUAUUGCAGGAUGUUUGUUGAAUUCUCAUAUAGUCUGUAAAAUGAAAAGGAAUCGUAUUCCUUUUUCAGUUUUAAAAGUUGAUCAGUUGUGAAAUCAAGGCCAAAGUGUGGUAAACAUAGUGGGUCCAUUCUUGCAAUUAUUGCUUCAAAAUUAGUCUUGAUGUGUGAGACUGGUAGUUUACUGCAUAUUUGUACACACACAUCUCUCUCCCUAGCUCCAGAAUCCUAACAUCUAUGCUAGCAUAUUUAUUCCAUCCCAAACUCUGGUGUUAAAUAAGAAUUCAAAAAAGACUAUUAAUAUUAAAAGUCAUUGUAAUGGUCCAUUAUUGUGAACUAAACAUGCCACUAAUUUAAUAGCCCCUUAUAAAUCAUUAAAGUAUUUUCAAACUUAAGAAGCUUUUGAAUAAUAGUUCCAAAUUGCAGUUAUCUCAAAUUAAUACUGUACUGUAUUGUAAGACUAGUCCAGCUUUUUACACCAAGAGCAAUUUAGUGCCAAGACAGUGACUGACCAUAUCCUAAUCAUUUAGAAAGCAAUCAGCAAUUCAAAGUUAACUUUUUCCUCUAUCCCACCAACUAAUCUUCUAUAAACCCUGCAAUGUGGCAAUGGACCUAGUAAUAAUCAAAAGCGUGAUGAGCUCUCUCAUUUUGCCUGUUCAGUUGGCAUCCAUUUGUUGAACACAAUAUACUAAUAGUUCUGACACAUCUUUUAGUCACUUGUGUCCUAAGCAGCUGUCAGGAUUAGGUAACCUGGUAGCCAAGUGACAAAGGUUCUGUAGCCUCUCAGUGGCAGCUGACAUAUUAACCUGGAGUAUUUUACUGUUUUCUCCUUUCUCUUGCCCACAACCCCAAACAGAUCAAAUCAGGAGCUGUAAAUGUUCUUACUACAGUGAGAGUAAUAAGAAAGGUGGUAAACACACUGAUGUCUGGUGAAUCAAGAAACAAGCCAACAAAUCAGUACAGAAAAGGAGAAAGGUACUUGACUUAGAUUUUGUGGCUAGAAAACGUGGUUCAACAAAGCAGAGGGCCUUUCCAUAGGGAAAGAAGCUGAUGUCCUUUAACUUUUCAAUGAAGUGUUUUUCCCCCUGCUAUUUUUUAAUCAAGAGGUUUGUUAUACUAUGAACAUCAAUGCAGUGAUCAUCCAACCCACUGUUAUAGUAAGGAAUAUGGGGAUAGGAUCAACUCUUGAGGUUCCUUUUGGUUGGUACAAUUUCCUCAAAGCACUGACAAUUAUCCAGAGGUGGAGCAUAUCGGCUCAAGUAUAAACAACAGCCAAUAUCCAGCCCAAGUUACCCAUGGCGGAAUCCCACUGUAAUCAAUGGAAGAUACUAGUCACAACUAAGUAGUCCCAGUGGCUUCAGUGUGACCUAGGCUAGCUACAAUCCUAUGCAUACUUAAUGGAAAGCUAGUUCUGCUGAACACAGUAGGUACUUCCUUCCGAGCAUGGGCAGCCCAAAACAUGUUGAUGUCAGAGGCAAAGGGACAAGAUGGUGUCUUUCCCUAUUCUAUGUACAAAAGCCAAGGAGACUUUAGCUCUCUUGAUGGGCCAGCAUCCUCCACUGCACCUGAGUGCCGUGAGCUAGUUCAGAGAUGCAUUACAGGCCAUGUGACACAAACAGCUCUAUCUGCUUCCAGGCUUUCAGCAUCUGUGCAAGGUGGCUUCUUCACGUUACAUGGUAACAAUUGAGCCAGCGCUGCUUCUGAAUAAACAUACGUAACAUAGUGAGAACAGACUAUAUGUCAUGGAUCACUUCACUGGAACCAAGGCCAACCUCAGUAAAGCAUCACAACUUUUAGAUUUGAUAAAAGAAAUAGAUGUGGAUCUUUGCCACAUCUCCUUGCUCUUUCCAGCUGUGGUAGCUGCUAGCAUAAAAAAAUGCCUACCUACUUUCUUGUUCUGUUUUCUACAUAUACGUGGAAGAGUGACUGUCAAAAUGUGUACCUACUUUUGGUUCUUUUAUUUGUGAUUCUGGGGAAAUGCAAAAGAGAUUACUUAAGCAUCCUUGAAGAACAAACCUCUAUGGUACAUUUAAAUCACUAUGGAAUAAUCACCUAUGGAGGGGAAAUACCUGAAUCUGUGGCAAGCAAAUAGGCAGGAUUUUAAGACAAGGACUGGCUGCUGUUUUAUCAUGAAGUCUUGAGAGUGGUUUUCUCAGGCAUAAAGCAGUUUUUGCUUCAAAGGGCUUUGUAAUGUGAAUGUAAAAUCUACAUUAACCCAGAAUACCAUGAAUGUCUUAUCUUCUGCAGCAACAUCAACAACAUCCAAGAGGUUCAAAAGUCAUUUAGGCAUUAUGUGUGACAAUUCCUGGAAUCUUGCUUUUAAUCUUUUGUAACAAAGCAACUUAAGACUGGCUGCAUAUCUCUCGUGUUCAUGUGUGCUCUUAAUUCUCUGAUGAUUUUGUUGGGUAUGUCAUCUCCAGCCGGUAGUUGUAUGCAACAAAGUGGCAUGGUUUGGGACCAUUGGAUUGUAAUUAGGAUUGCUAUACACAACUUAGUUCUCAGAUGAAUAUCUGUGUGCCAUUGCAUGGACAUAUUCUUUCCUAUCCAUUUGUAGAAGAAAAUCCUCCACAGGGCUCUGAUUUCUCCCCAAAGCUGAUUGUUUAUGGACUGACACAACAGAAAAUGGUGCUUUCCUAAGAGAAUGCCAGAUCCCCAAGCUGGUUAUACAAUUACUGUCCAAUAUCAAGCUGCUUCUAGAAUCGUUAUACUAGUGCCUGUUAACAUGUCAAGAUUCUGUAAUUUCUCAGUUUAUACUCUGAAGCUAGUAGUAACAAGCAUCUGUUCUACUUAAGCCAUAUCUUAGGCUAUCCUUAUGCUCUCUCUUUCAGUGCUGGUGCUUUUGCAUCUUUCUGUCAAACCACUGAGUCUGCUUUUGCUAGCAUGUCACUUCAACAGUAUACUACUGAAAAUAAGGUCAGACAUGUAAAGGGCACAGCAGACUACUAAAAAUACACUUUAAAAAUAUUUGCAACAAUCAUUUCUGUGGUGGUGGUAGGGAUUGUAUUAAGAGCUUAAAAAAUUUCAAGGUGCAAACGAAUUCCACAGCCUUAAUCAUUUUCAGUCUUUUGCUGGUCUGCCUUAAGUGUUAUCUCAUUAUUUUAUUACUGAUUUUGUUUUGUAUGCAUUUGUGUUUUCUAAAACAUUUUGUAAAUAUUUUAUUUAUACUUCUGAUUCUUCAUGUGUAAUGUUGUAAAGUGAUUUCCUGCUGUCACAUGUUCUUACUCUUCUGCAGUAUAUAUAAAUAUAUAUGUUAUCUACAGAUGAUAAAAUCUACAUUUUAGGCUAUUGCCUUCCUUAUAAAUACAAUAUACAAAAGAUUCAAGUAUGGGAUUUUUAUUUUUUAAUAUAAAAGCAAUUCUGCUGAUAAAAUCAAUUAAGACAGAUAUUAUAAAGACAAGCUUUUAUUUUUACUUAUAUGACACUGUAGUAUGGGAAGAGAACACAGGAGAAGAAAUUGUGAGAGCUGCCUGCCAUGUAAAGCCAUUAGAUACAACUGAAAAGUAAGGGGGGGGUGCUUAAUGAAAGCAAAUGAAAGCUAAUGAAAGGGGGGGAUGCUUAAUGGAAGCUACUUAUACUACUUUUCUUCCCUAAAAAAUAGGAUUUAUGAUUUCUGAUAUAUGUGCUUUAAUACUGUAAUAUGAACCUUGAAAUAAUGAGAAAUGAUGAGCUCUACUGUGUUCGGGCAAAUUCGAUAUUGACAUUGCUAACACUACCUUUUAAAAAAAUACAAAUUUUGCUACAUGACGCACACCAAAACUGUUAAUUUCCACCGGUCUAUAUUGAUCAGGCUACUCAAAGGUGGUACUGUAGUGUGACCCCGAACUUUUAGCAGAGCCAGCCUAAAGAUUAAACGUCCACAACGGAGGACGUCCUAAAUGUGAGCAAUGCCCAAGUUCUUACGAAGCGAGUAAACCCGAACGUGCUAUACGACCCUGAAGGCGGUUAUUGGUUCCCAGGGGGGUGCGGCUGAAAAUAAAUAAAUAAAAUUACUGACUGCUUUCCCCCUCAAACGCUCCAAGGCAUGGGCGUAGUGUAGCUAAGGGGGGCAGCUGCCUCCCUAGAUCAAGUAAAAUAAUGUUGUUGUUUAGUCGUUUAGUCGUGUCCGACUCUUCGCGACCCCAUGGACCAUAGUACGCCAUGCACUCCUGUCUUGCAUUGCCUCCCGCAGGUUGGUUAAACUCAUGUUGGUAGCUUCGAGAACACUGUCCAACCAUCUCGUCCUUGUGUAGAAAUCACAAACUGACCAAUCACGUCGGUCCUACCCCCCCAACAAAAGUCCUCCCCCCCCCAACAUAAAUCCUGUCUACGCCCAUCUCUCCUCUCCUGGGUAGCUCUAUUCUGGAGACCGGGGGUGUGGAGUCGCCGCUUCGUGCCUCCACAACAGUGUCUGCUAGGUGAUGUCCACACGCCACUAAUAGUGG